CUUUGAUAAAUCACACUAGAAUGAUCAUCUGGCAAGGUUGCAGUUAACAGCAAAUUGUCUGGAAAGGCAACGAUUCACUUUGGAAUGAUGGUGACUCGACUGCACUGUCUGGUUGUGACUCUUCUGCAUCUCCUCCACACAGCAGGAUCUGUUAAUUUUGAGGUUCUUGGUCCAACUGAACCCAUUGUUGCUGUGGCUGGUGAUGACAUCAUUCUGCCCUGUUACCUCAAACCCAACAUCAGUGUUGAGGACAUGACAGUGAACUGGCUUAACCUGGACUACAUAGAUGAACGUGUCUAUCGUUACCAAAAUGGAAGAAUCAUACAAGAGAAUCAGAUUCCCUCCUACAGAGGAAGAACUUCACUGUUUAAAGAGGAACUGUGGAGGGGAAACACCUCUUUAAAACUGACCAGGGUACAAGGGACUGAUGAGGGACAAUAUAAAUGCUUUAUUAAGUCAAAAGACUGGUAUGAUGAUGUUACUAUUCAAGUCCUUGUUAAAGCUGUAGGAUCCAGACCAAUGGUGUCCAUUGAAGGACACAGAGAGGGAGGGAUGGGUCUGGUGUGUCAAUCUGAAGGCUGGCACCCUGAACCUGAUCUGGUGUGGCUGGACAGUAAAGGAGUCAGUCUCUCUGCUGGACCUCCUGAGAAACACAGAGACUUAAAGGGAUUCUACACAGUCAAACAACAUGUCAUUGUCCAGGAGACUGACACCAACCUCUUUAUCUGCAAAGUCUUACAGAGCCGAAUCAAUGAGGAGGUGGAGACAGAGGUUCACAUCCCUAGUGAGUUUUUUGAUGUCACAACCACAUGGAGACUGUCCUUCAUUGUGUUAUGUUGUUUGGGAGUCAUCACUGUGAUUGGGUUAGUUCUGGCUGUCUACUGGAUGCAUAAGAAAGGUGUGCAAGUAAAUAAGCUCAAACAGGAUCAGGAUAAAAGAAAUAAAGAACUUUAUCAUCAGAUUGGUGAACUUCAGAAGGGGCUUGGCCGCCAUGAGGAGGAGAUUGGUAUUAUCUUAAGAUUAAGAAAUCUUAAGUAGCUGAUUUUUACUGCAUUAAAGAUCAUUGUAUGUUGCACUACAGUAGUCUACACCUUCCAGUGUUUAUAUGUACAGUUUGAAAGUGUGUGAACCA